AUGAGAAUGGCCCCACAGAACGCCGACUCGGAAUCUAUGCAAGUUCAGGAGUUGCCUGUGCCCCUGCCGGAUCUGCAGAAGCCGGGAAGCGCGGAUACCCACGAUGAGACCAUCAGCGAGGGGUCCAUAGACCGGAUCCCCGUGCGCCUGUGGGUGAUGCACGGGGCCGUGAUGUUUGGCAGGGAGUUCUGUUACGCCAUGGAGACGGCGUUGGUCACGCCGAUCCUCUUGCAGAUUGGCCUUCCGGAGCAGUACUACAGCCUCACCUGGUUCCUGAGCCCCAUCCUCGGCCUCAUCUUCACGCCCAUCAUAGGCUCCGCCAGUGACCGCUGCACCCUGAGCUGGGGCCGCCGGCGGCCCUUCAUCCUUGCCCUGUGCGUCGGCGUGCUCUUCGGUGUGGCACUCUUCCUUAACGGCUCUGCCAUCGGUCUGUCCCUUGGCGAUGUCCCCAACCGGCAGCCCAUUGGCAUCGUCCUCACGGUGCUGGGGGUGGUCGUCCUGGAUUUCAGUGCCGACGCGACUGAGGGCCCCAUCCGGGCCUACCUGCUGGAUGUGGUGGACAGCGAGGAGCAGGACAUGGCCCUUAACAUCCACGCCUUCUCUGCUGGCCUCGGCGGGGCCGUCGGCUACGUGCUGGGGGGGCUGGACUGGACGCAGACCUUCCUGGGCGCCUGGCUCCGGACACAGAACCAGGUGCUCUUCUUCUUCGCGGCCAUCAUCUUCGUGGUGUCGGUGGCCCUGCACCUGCUCAGCAUCGAGGAGGAGCAGUACAGCCCCCAGCAGGAGCGGGGUGGGGAGGGGGCCGACGCCCUGCCCUCCACCGCCCGUGUGAAUGUUCUGGACGGUGGCGUGGCCCUGUUCCCCGAGGAGGUGCAGUCGGAGCACGAGCUCACGCUGGACUACCUGAGCGUGGACAUGGUGCGCAGCAAGAGCGACUCGGUGCUGCACGUGCCGGACGCCGCCCUGGACCUGGAGCCCGAGCUGCCCUUCCUGCCCGACAUCGAGCCCUCCAUCUUCCACGACGGCUCUUACCCUGGCACCCCCCGCAGCACCAGCCAGGAGCUCGCCAGAGCCAGGCCACCGCCCCGCCUGGCCUCACUGCUCAGGGAAACGGCGAAAGAGGACGAGACGCUGCUCGAUAAUCACUUGAAUGAAGCCAAAGUCCCCAACGGCAGCGGCUCCCCCCCAAAAGACGGCCCCGUGGGCUACACGAGGGUGGACGUGAAGCCCCCCGCCGCGUCCGGCUCCAUGAGGCGGCGCAGGCACAUGUUCCGGCGGCAGGCCUCCAGCACCUUCUCCUACUACGGCAAGAUCGGCUCCCACCGCUACCGGUAUCGGCGGGCCAACGCUGUGGUGCUCAUCAAGCCCUCGCGCAGCAUGAGCGACCUGUACGACCUGCAGAAGCGGCAGCGGCAGCGCUGCCGGCACCGGAACCAGAGCGGGGCCACCACCUCGAGCGGCGACACGGAGAGCGAGGAGGGCGAGGGCGAGACCACCGUGCGGCUGCUCUGGCUGUCCAUGCUCAAGAUGCCCAAGGAGCUGAUGCGUCUCUGCCUCUGCCACCUGCUCACCUGGUUCUCCGUCAUCGCCGAGGCUGUCUUCUACACCGACUUCAUGGGCCAGGUCAUCUUCGAAGGGGACCCCAAGGCCCCCUCUAACUCGACCGCCUGGCAGGCCUACAAUGCUGGCGUGAAGAUGGGCUGCUGGGGCCUGGUGAUUUACGCGGCCACCGGUGCAAUUUGCUCAGCCCUGUUACAGAAGUACUUGGACAACUACGAUCUGAGCAUCAGGGUCAUCUACGUGCUGGGGACUCUGGGCUUCUCCAUCGGCACAGCCGUGAUGGCCAUGUUCGCCAACGUCUAUGUUGCCAUGAUCAUGAUCAGCACCAUGGGCAUAGUCUCCAUGAGCAUCUCCUACUGCCCCUACGCCCUGCUUGGGCAGUACCAUGACAUCAAGGAGUAUGUGCACCACAGCCCCGGGAACUCCAAGCGCGGCUUUGGCAUAGACUGCGCAAUCCUCUCCUGCCAAGUGUACAUCUCCCAGAUCCUGGUGGCGUCCGCCCUCGGGGGCGUGGUGGACGCCGUUGGGAGCGUGCGUGUCAUUCCCGUGGUGGCCUCCGUGGGCUCUUUCUUGGGCUUCCUGACAGCCACGUUCCUGGUGAUCUACCCGGAGGUGUCUGAGGAGGCCAAGGAGGAGCAGAAAGGCCUGUCGCGCCAGCCGUCAGGUGACGGCGGGGACGGCAGCCAGAAGCCCACCGUGCUGGCGCUGUCCCGGAAGCAGGGCCUGCAGGGGCUGGUGGAGACAGAGUCCAUGGUCUGAGCCUCGCCCCUGUGCACAC